CGAGUGCUACUCCGCCGUCCCGUGCAGGAGAAGGUGGAGCAGUAGCAGCAGCGCCAGCGCGAGCACAAGGAGUACGAGCAGCCGCCCGCAGUGCGAGGCCACCACCGAGAGCUACCUGCAGUAAUACUCUGGCUAAGAUGCAAAACGAGCACGAUGCGCGCACGGAGGCAGCCCUUACCAGUCGUUUGGAGACAUUGAACGUCCAGACCCAGGAAGAAAUGCGCAGGAUCCAUGGCGAGGUCGAAGAAAUGAAACGGGUUGAAACAGAGCGGCAGGGUGCAAUUGAUAACGUUUUGGAGACGUUGGUCACGCAAAUCGCCGCUCUGGGAGUUCAGGAUCGUCAGAUCAAGAGCGAAACCGAGAGACCCAUUGGCAACAUCGCACGGGCAAUUGUUGACGAGCGUGUAGCCGCUGUUGAGCAGCGUGUCAACAGCUCGGAAAGUCGGUCCGAUGCAAAGCUGUGUGCCAUUAAUGACGCCGUGAACGCUGUGGAGGCACGGUUGGGAAUUCAGAUGCAGCAUGCGGUUCAAACAGAGAGCGAUGCAUUAAAGCAAGCGAUUGCUGAAGACACUGCUCGACGAUGUAAUGAGGAGCGUCAAGCUACUGAGGUAGCGAUGUGCAAUGAAAUGUCCGGUGCGGCGGCGCUCCUUGAGGAACGUGUCCUCGCAGCUGUGCAAAAGAAAAUCGACGAGGUGACAGCACAAGUUGCGCAACAGCACGACCGCCGUGGCAACUGGCAUGCUGAGAUCAUGACGGAGCUGGAGGAGUUAAAGACAAGGCUGGGUAGGGUGGAGAAGCAGGCCGAAGCCGACAGCGAAAAGAAGUGUGCAGCAUGUGAGCAGCAGCUAGACACGUACCGCCUAUCACCUAAGCUUAUAACAGCGCGUGCUGACGGUGUACCAGCUUGA